AUGGAUUUCAACCGAAGUUUCAUCUCGAAUUUGGGGAGUGCGCCGAACGCCAAGGCCCAGCAGGUACGUGUCUUUUGUCAUGUGAAGAAGAACCGAAUUUGAUAAGAAAACCCAUUAACUAACUAAUCACGUCGCUUUCGUGUCGGUUUCUGCAAGCCAGACAGUACUGUUUCAGAGCAUGUUCAAAGCGUUGCGACGUCUUCACGGCCAGAAUCUGGAGAGCCGCGGACUGCACGACAUGACCGAGGCGUUUCAGUCGUUCGUCACGCGCGCACGCUUCUUCAGCAUCGGAAAACUGAGGUUUGGACGGGGAAAAUGAAAUUUCAACGACGUUUCACUGGCCGUUUAUUUUCAGACGAACAUGGUCACACUCGGCGGCCGAAUUCAUGAAAUAUCGACGUCUUCUGCCAAUGUUGCUCGCCGACGGCGACGCUUUCGACGGAGGAGAGACUGACGGUGAGAAAAACUGUGCAUUUCCGCAUUUUCUAGCCGCACUUAAAUGAAUAAACGUUGCAAUUGCUCGAAUUUUCAGAUUUCGACGCCUCGAUCGCAUUUCAACACGCCUCGCGCGACGACCGCAAGAUUGUCGUUUCGAAUGUGUCGCCACGUGUCACUCAAUCCCAGCUCCAAUCGUUUUUCUCGCAAUACGGAAAAGUCUGAAAGCAAAUUCAGCGAAAAAAAAAACCGCCCGAAAAAAGUGUUCAGAUAACGAGUUGCAUUCUGCCACGAGAAGAGAAGAAGACGUCAGUGUUCGGAACGCUCCCGAAACAUUCGCGAAACUGCGGAACCGCCACGAUCACGUUCAAAAAGGCGGAACACGCGGAGAGGGCGAAGAGUGCCGCGCCGGAAGAGCUCAAGUUCUACGAGCAGGUCAUGGUUGUGUCGGCGGUAAGUGAACAUUCAAAGUUUCAAGCCAUUGAGACCAAAAACCCUGUUUGAGUGCGAAAAUAUGCCAGAGUCUACUAGAAACCAACAAAACUUCAUGUUUUUUUUUCAGUACGUCUCGAAGAAACGUGGCGGAAAAGGGCUGGUGCUGAGCGACGACGUGUCGCGGGAAGAAACGCCCCUCUCGCGGGCCUCCUCCACCCAAUCCCUGGCCUCUUCUUCCGCCGAACAGCACUUUAAUCUGGCCGGAAUUCCGGACAAAGUGCUCAAAAGGAUAUUCUCGUUCCUGCCCGUCCACGAGACGAUUCGAUUGGAGCGCGUCAACAAGAAGUUCAUGGAGGAGAGCAUAAAAUCGUGGGAACUCGUCCACACACUUAUUCUCGCCAGAGAAACCGUGUUCAACAAGCAACGGCCGAUGCGGACCAGUCAUUUGAAGGUACGCUCCCAGUUUCUAAUCGAAAUAUUGCAAAACCUCUGACUUUUCAGGCGAUCCUAACGCGUGCGGGUUCGCACCUCCACUCGCUGGACCUCUCCGGAAUCGUGCACCUUCUCGACGACCGGCGCGCCCUGAAAGUGAUUGCCACGUGUUGUCCGAACCUCGUCGAGCUGGACAUUUCGGGAACGCACGCGCACGCGGAGGCCCUCGAGGAGCUCGGCGAGUCGCUGAGCCACCUGGAACAGCUGUCCUACCGGGGCAUGGAGACGACCGGCGACAAGGCGUUCUACUUCUGCUCAAGAACGUCGGACACUCGCUCAAGUUUGUGGACUUGCGGAAUUCGAAGCGACUGCACGGGCGGUCGUUCCGCCUUUUCGGGUCCCAACUCGAAAGUCUCUACCUGGACGGAUCGUCGAAAGUCGACGAAAUGGCGUUCGAGGAUCUAUGUACCGCCUGCGCGGGACUCAAAGAACUCCGGAUCAACGAGUGCUUUCGCAUCAGCGACGAGAAUUUGAGUAUGAUUGCGCGGCGGAUGGAGGAUCUCUCGAUCCUGACCCUGUGUGGCGACGCGUUCAAGAAUCUGACGCCCGCCGGACUCGUACACAUUAGUCACAUGAAGAACAUCACCGAACUUGCGUGAGUGAGCGGAAAACUGGGAAAAAAUGCGUUUCAGUGGGAGAUUUUGUUCAUGUUUAAAAAGUUCUGGCCUUUUUCGUCUUUGAAAUCGGUGCGUCGUCUGCAAGUGCGCUCCAUUGCACUUUUGCCUGGGAGUUCACAUUUUGUAGCAAUUUUGCGGGAAAAAAACGAGCGAAAGUUGCUGAGAACAGAACUUCGAGCGCUCAAACUGCAAGAAAAACUUGCAGAUCACCCGGAAACGCAUAAAAUGAUUGAAAUUUGCAGCCUGGACUACAACACGCUCGUCAAUGAUGAACUGCUCGUCUCGAUCUCGGCGGGUCUCCCACUGCUCUCGUCGCUGAGUUUAGCCAACGCCGGCGACGAUUCCUCAAUCACUUCGGAGGGCAUCGCGGCCAUCAGAAACCUCUCCGAACUGACGCAACUAGACAUUUCCUCGCUGGCCGCCGUCAACUCGCAAGUUAUGAAGGAGCUCCGAGCGCUCAGAAAAUUGGAGAUUAUCCAAAUGCGAAAUUGUACAUAUCUGGGCGACGAGGGCGUCCGCGCGAUGCUCCAGAUGCCGAAUUUGCGGCACGUCGAUCUGAGCGGCUCGAUUUUGGUGUCGAACGAAUCAAUUCAGGAAUUUAUCCGAGCAUUCCCCUCCGGACCCAAAGUAUUAUUGUCUUUUAUCAAAUGUUGACAAUUAAAAUCUAAUUAAGCUGCCGCCAAUCACUCUGGUAGUCGGUGGAACCGCCGCCGACGCUUCGAAACUCUCGGUCCGCGGAUCUAGGGUCGUCGUGGAUUUCUCGGAUUAUUCGGCCAUUGUCAGCAUGCAAACCAGCCAGACUUCCGCAUCUUCGAAGUUUGCCAUCGUCGGAGGGUCCGCGUCGGACAACGAGGGAUCGGACGAUGAGUUCGAAGCGCUCACCGCUCAAAGUGAGCAGUUUUGGGGGAGAUCCUUUGAAAAUUCUUAUUUUCAAACUUCCAGGAAGCUUCUACAUUGACGCCGUGUGCGGAGAAGAGGAAUCUCCGAUCACUGACGACGGAAAACUGGCCGAGUGGGCGGAGCGAGAAGCGAGAAGUCUCGGACUGCUCAAAGACUAA